CGCGCCGGCCCCGCGGGCUCCCGCCGCCACCAUGCAGCCCCCCGCCCUCGGCAUCCUCCUGCUCAUCGCCUGCUUCGGCAGCGCUCGGGGAAACCUCUCCCGCGACGAGAGCCAGCCCACGACGUCGGACGAGACCGUGGUGGCCGGGGGCACGGUGGUGCUCAAGUGCCAGGUGGAGGAUCCCGAUGAUUCCUCACUCCAGUGGUCCAACCCUGCCCAGCAGACCCUGUACUUCGGGGAAAAACGAGCCCUGCGGGAUAACAGGAUCCAGCUGGAGAGAUCCACCCCCAACGAGCUGACCAUCAGCAUCAGCGACGUGGUGCUGGCCGACGAGGGCGAGUACACCUGCUCCAUCUUCACCAUGCCCGUGAGGACGGCCAAGGCCCUGGUCACCGUGCUGGGGAUCCCCCAGAAGCCCCAGAUCUUCGGCCACGAGCAGCCCAUCGAUGAGGAGAAGGUGGCCCGGCUCAUCUGCCGCUCCUCCGGCAGCAAACCCGCGGCACAGCUGCGCUGGAGGAAGGGCAACAGGGAGCUCAAGGACUCGGGCACAGAGGUGGUGGAGGACCCCAACGGCAAGACCUUCACAGUGACCAGCAGGGUGGAGUUCCGUGUCACCAAGGAGGACAACGAGGUCGAGGUCACCUGCACGGUGGACCACGAGUCCCUGCAGAACUCGGAGAGGUCAACCACGCAGAAGCUGCAGGUCCACUACAAGCCAACAGCGAAGAUCGAACCACACCCGCAGUACCCGCGGGAGGGGGAGAAGCUGCAGCUGCAGUGCGACGGGCAGGGCAACCCCAUCCCACAGGAAUUCCUCUGGGAGAAGGAGGGCAGCGAUGCUCCCCUGCAGCUCAGCUCCGAGAGCGUCCUCAUCUUCCCGUUCCUCAACAAGAGUGACAGUGGCACCUACGUGUGCACGGCCACCAGCUCCAUGGGCAGCGUGGUGGCCAAGUACAACCUGGACGUCAGUGAUCUUCCCCAGCUCCCCACCCCACACGUUCACUCCACUCCAGCCCCUCCGCCAGGCCCUUCCCAGCCCAUCUCUCAUGCUUCCAUGGCCUCCGCUCCAUCCUUCACUCCAGCUCUCAUCCAAGACGCCAGCCCGGUGCCCUCGACCUCCAGCACCUACCACGCGAUGAUCGGCGGGGUGGUGGCUGUCAUCGUCUUCCUGCUGCUCAGCCUCCUCAUCGUGCUGGGACAUUACCUGAUCAGGCACAAAGGUUUGUGCCCAGGCCCUGGGGACACGGUGCCACCCCGCCAUCGGCCACCCCCUGUGCUGAUGUGCACGUACCUGACCCACGAGGCCAAGGGCUCGGACGACGCUCCGGAUGCCGACACCGCCAUCAUCAACGCCGAGGGCGGCCAGGCCGGCGGCGACGACAAGAAGGAAUAUUUCAUCUAAAGGGAUCAGAGAGAGAGAGAGAGAGAGAGAGAGAGAGAAAGAGAAAUGGAGCCAAGAGAACCCCGAUGGCAACGGCAACCAGACCACAAACCCCACAAAACCCAACAGAUUUUCUCUGGCGCCCGGCACGGGCGGACGGACGGACAGAGGGAUGGCGGGACAGAGAGCAGGGAGAGCCACCGGCCUCGAAGCGCUGCCGACGCUUCUUGAACUUGUACAAAUCGUUCACUCCGACAGCGAGAGCCCCGGCCCCAUUUGCUUGCUUGCACCUCCAUCCCCACGCCCCGAACCCACAGACCAACCCGUGAGUGAGCGACUUCUUCCUUCUUCCUUUGGACCUUUUUGCUUUGGUUUCGUGGCUGCUCUUUGCUUCGGGCCCUUGGUUGGGGUGUUGGGCUGGGGUCGAUGUAGCUCUUCCCUUUGUUUCUCUCCGUUUUGGUUUCUUUGAUAUCCAAGGAUAAAAUCAGCUCCGGGCUCCCGGGGCAAGUUUGGGACCUUGGGUGUCCCCGUUGUCACCCCCCCGGUGCUGGGGGUGGCUCCAGCUGGGAGCGGAGCGAGACCCUGCCCCGAUUUUAUCCUUGGUGGUUCUUGUGGAGCAGUGUCCAUGCGGGAGCAGAGCUGUCCUCGUGCAGUCAGUGUGUGAAAGGGGGUGAAAGUCCAGGGUGGGACCCCCGGAGAAGACCGGGAGCCCCCACAGCUCCCUGGUCCCACCCCAGUGGGAGGGGGGAGGGCUGACGUUUAUUUUGGGGGGUCAAAUCCAGAGGAAAAGACCCUGAUUUUUUUAUUUUUCCUAAAUUUUCUGAUUGGAAAUUCCAAUUUUAACCAUCUAUUGAGAUGUUCAGUGCAGGAGGCAGCGCCCCUGGGGCUGGGGCUGCUUCCUUGGGACCCCCCCAGAGCAGGGCUGGGGUCUUUCUGCCCCCCUUCCCAGGGCAGGGAUGAGCUUGGAAAGGGCUGAUUUUCCUCUUGGCUCUGAGAGCCCCAACCAACAGCGGCCAAAACAACCGGAUUUGGGAUCUGGGGAGUUCAGGGAUCCCCACAGAGGCUUGGGGGGAGGUUGGCUCAUCCUUCCUCCUUGCCCUUCCUCCUGCCUCUUUCACCAUCACUUCCAGAACAAAACCAAACACCUUUUCCAACCUCUCCAGCACAGCCCCAGCUUGGCCCCCCCAGGCAGGGGCUGCCCCCCACGGCAUCGUCAGGACACCCCCAGCCUUGGGAUGAGAUUUCCUGGGAUCCCACAUCCCGCUCUGGACACCAGGGAUGUUGCAGGAGCUGCCCUUGGGUGGGCACCCCCCGUGGAUUUGGGGUGGUCUGGAGGAGGGGAGCCCUUUGGGAGGGAGAGAAACCUCACCUGGGAGGUCACCCCAUGGAUUUGGGGUGGUCUGGAGGAGGGGAGCCCUUUGGGAAGGGGAGGAACCUCACCUGGGAGGUCACCCCAUGGAUUUGGGGUGGUCUGGAGGACCAGGGGUCCCUUCAGGAAGGAAUGAAAGUCCUCAGGGUGGGAAACCUCACCUGGGAGGUGCAGGAAGAAUUUUACCACCUCUUCCACGGGUCUGGAGGUGUCACCUCCCCUGAACCCUGCCAGCACCUGGCACUGGGUCACCUGUGGGGAGUGAGGUGAGCACAGGGGGCCCAGCUCAGGUGGGAGCCAGGGAUGGACGUUGGGGACACCGUGGAUGUCACCAGGCUCCCGUGGCUCAGCCGCGUGUCAGGAGCGCUGCUGGCACUGGGAGGCAGCAGGACACGGAGCCUUUGAGGUUUCCUCUGCUGGGUACAGCCGUUCUUGGGGUGUUUUUCCUCCAUUCCCACCCCUUGGAGUGGGGGACCCGGGCCUGGAGCCCCCAGGGCAGCUCUGAGCUGGGGUUGGGGGAUGAAUCCUGGCGUGCCAAGGCUGUCAGCGAGGUCCCCACAACCGAGUCAUUCCUGCAAAUAAAAACAGCCAGAUGUGUUCUCGAGUACAAUUCCAUCCCCUUGGGGGCUGGAGGGAUCCCAGGCAGAGCCCCAGCACCAGGAGCUGCGAGGGGAGUGGGGUAAGUGGGGCAGGAAGGUGGGAGCUGACAGGGACGGGGAGGGUUUUCCCUCUUGGAAUUCAGUUUCUCCUCGGUUCCACUACUCCAGAGCUGCUCCGAGGGCCGGGGCCAGGGAGAACAGCCUGGAUUUGGUGUUUUUGAGCUCGGUUUUGGUGGUUUUGAGGUGCCACGUGGUGUGGGGUGUGGCAGGACAGCCCGGGGAGCAGCGGGCACAGGCAGGGACCCGUGGAGGAUGGGCCUGGUGUCACCUGGUGGGACCUGGGGACCUGCUGAGGUCACAGAGAGAGGCUGGGAGGGGUCAGAGUACCAUCUGAGGCCACUUGUGCCAGCAGGAGCCAAAGGGUUUGGUGGAGGUGGGAGCAGCGGAGGAGAUUGGUGUCACAGCCGGGGGUGACAGGAACACCAGGUCACAGCGGUGUGAACAGGGACAGGCCGGGGGUGACAGGGACCCUCCCGACUCGGGAGGAUUCCAGGUGGAAGCUGUGACUGGGACACUCCACGUCACGAUGGAGGAGCCACCGGGUGAGAGCGAGUCCCUGGUGGCCCCGUCUGGGGCGGGGCGCGGUGGGAAAGGCCCUUUUGGGGUCACCGUGUGGAGGUGACACACACACCCCGUGUCACAGGUGGGCACACGAGCAGGUUCUGGCUGGCCUGGGGGCGUCCAGGUGAUGUGGGGGUGACAGGGUGGGGUGUGACCCCUGGCCUUGUCCCCUUGGCGGGGGUUGGUGACACCGUGUCGUGGCUACAGGAGGUGCCACGGGUGAGGGCGUGACACCGAGAGCGUGUCACCGUGUCUGGGAGAGCCCAAGGCCACCACCCCCGUCCUGAGGGGGUCCUCGUUGGUGGCCCCACGUCCACCCACGGGGUUGGGCCGGGAGAAUCCGAAGUGGGCGAGGAGGAUCCCGGGAGGACUGGGGAGCCCCGGUGGCAGCCGGGCCCUGGGAGGCUGCGGCCGCUUCCCGGCCGGCACUGAACUCUCAAUAGACACGAAAGCCAUAUUUUGGGGAGCUCUGGAGAGGCCGGGGGGCAGAGGCUGGGCUGUGUUGUUGUGCUGUGUUUUUGUCUGUACAUAAAGGGAGCCAACGACCGUCGAUGUGACUUUAUAACCUUUCUAAUAUCCUGUGCUAAUCUCGGAAAAUAAUCCUAUAAAUAUAUCUGGAUUACACACGUUA